CGCUCUUCAAUUGGUUGUAAUGGCGAGGCCUGCAAGAUGGCAGCCAACCCGAAAAUAUCAGCUUUGCAUCUGCUUUGUUCGCUGGAGCUGCUGCUGCUGACAACCGACCGGCAGAGAGGAGCAGAGAGCCUCAACUGAUGAGAGAAUUGAUGAGAGGGAUGCAAGAAGGUCCCAAGGGGCCUAGAAUGGCCCUCGCCUUCGACGCGCCGAUGACUUUUCGCCAGCAGAACCCGUACCCACCGCUGCCGCCCAAUGAUACGAUGGCUGGUAGGCAGAGAUGGAACCAACAAAGGAACACACACACAGGCGUACAUGCGUUGACGAGUUGAUGCACAAUGCACAUGCAUGCAGGUGAGAGUGGCGUGCGGCAGGGAGGGAGGGGUGGAGAGUCGAAUGCUGGCGCUCCACCGAUGCCCAAGUCAAAGAACAUGGUAUGUACUCCCACUCACACAUGCACUCAUCUGCCUGCCUGCCUGCCUGCCUGCCUGCCAAUCCAUGCGAUUAAUGCCCUGUCUGGUUGCCUGCCUGUUUGUGCGUGUGUAUCAUUCUGUCAGUUUGCCGCGGGGGGCGACCAGAACACCAUCCAGACCAGUAGCAACAGCUCGUCACACGUCCUACCACCCGCACUCGCACCAUCGCCCGCCAUCUCGUCCACCAACAAGCAGACCAAACGGAAGAAGAUCAGCAACGCACCCGCAAAAGUCACCAAGCGCACUGUACCAUCAGCACCACCUCAACCACCAGCCGCCCUUGCUGCUGGUGCUGCGUCGUCCCCAUCUACCGCUAAUGCUGCAGGGAUGCUGUCUAUGGGGGCCAUGCAGCAGCAAGCGCUCGGCGGGCUGCAUCUCGAGAAGGACAUGUUGGUGACCCAGUGGACGUCGAAGCAAGAGGCUGGUGCUUCACACGCUGUCGGUCUGACGGCAACGGCCGCGGGGCCACCAGGGAUGACAGCUGCGGGUGUUGAUACGAGCAGCGGUCCGCCAGGGAUGGGACGGGGGGGUCUUGCAAAUGGUAGUGAAGAUAUGAGGGUGCCUUCGGGCCUGGUGCCGCAUGCAGGUCAGUCAGUCGCGCAAGAGAAGGACAGGCAUGGAACAGGAGUCUUUUUCUGCCUCAUUGUGUGUGGGGGGAUGUGUUGUGUUGUGCAAGUGGCGUGUCUAUGUCGGAGAGUCAGGGGAUGGGUUACGCGUUCCCAGGAGGGCCCACGCAGCAGGGCAAGGCUCUACUGCCCACACAAAUGCGUAAGCACCGAUGCACUCGAUGGACGACACACACACACACGCGCGCGCGCGCGCGUCCACGACCGGUCACACCUGUGCACCCAUCUGUAUGCAUGUGCUGAAUCCAGAUGCUCGCGUACCUCAAUCGCAGUGGUACCCUCUCCCUCCCCACCCCCCACACAUGCAUCAGCAGCAGCGGCAGGACCCUUCUCCCAUUCACGGCGAGGUUUCCUUUGCCAAGUCUGAGCAGCAGCAGCACCAGGGUGCCAACUUCAAUCACUGGAUGCACGCCCCCCCCAUUCAUUCCCCAAUUGAUGUCACUCGAUCACCCCUAUCACCACCCCCAGCCAACAGAGCAACCUGAUGCACCUGAUGGCUUGCCCAACUCCGUCACAGCGCCUGUGCCGGAGGACAGUGGUGGAGGUGUUUUCGAUCCGCUGGUAGAGCCCUCCCCGUCUCCCGGCAAGGUGUUCAGUGACUCCGAGGACUCGAGGAUGAAGCCAGAGCCCGACAAUGGGUGGGAGGCAGAGGGAGAAGGGGCAGACUGGAUGGAACAAUGCACCAAUGGGUGCCCACGCCCCGGUGGUGGGCUCGGCAGAGGGCUGCUGGAGACCUACGAACCGUUCAGAGAGCCUUCCAUCCCCUUGGACUCUUCUCGUGCCGACAACGACGACGGUUCAGGGCCCAGGACUUAUCUGGUCAAGGUUUCCGGGCCUGACCCGACGAGGGCCUGGGGUGCUGCCAUGCAGACCGGGGAGGUGCCCGAUAUCGAUGGAGAUGAAGACUGGGGCUCGCCGGGGCCCAGACGCCGUUUUCCUAUGACGGCUGCUGCCUCUCACAUGCACGAAAACAAUGACGACCCGCCCCCAGGUGAGCUCUCUCUCACACACACACACAGAAGGGAAGGAAAGACGGCACAUUGACACACAUGGAUGCCUUUGUCUCUCCCUCUCUGUCUGUCAGUGUCAGUAGGUGCUGAUGUCGAUCGUGGCGGCCAUGGUGGUCAUGCCGACAGGAUGAGCUCGGUGCGCCCUCACCAUCUCACCCUGCUGCAGCCACCGCCACCGCCGCCGUACCCUCCUCCACCUGCCCCAUUCCCGAUGCCACGCAUUCUCACGCCACCGCUCACACGGAAGCCAGGGCCUCCUCCACCGCACAAUCGCGGCCCGGGUGUGAGGAUGGCUAGAGGGAUCCAGGAGGUGCCCACGGGGCCCAGGACUCCCCUCGAAUUCGGGCGGCCGCAGAUCCUCCCCCAUCAGCAGCAGCAGCAGCAGCGGCAUUUCCCGUGGCCACCAAACCGUGUCAUGUAUGGUAAGCGACAGAAGAAAUCAAAGCACAAACUAUCAGCCACCCACCCACACACACGCGCACACAUAUCUGUGAUGUUGUAGGUGGAGGAGCUCACUAUCAUCACCCCCAGCAUCGCACCGCCAAGAUGCACGAGAGACACAAGGGCUACCAGGGCACUUGGAGGGGCCAGAACGACAGUGGACGGAGGAGGGAGGAGUUGACGGGGGACACUCGAGAGGGCAGGAAGGGCAGGGACACGGCCAACGAUCCUACCGAGAAAACGCUCCCUGGUCAUAUCAACGGUGAGCGGCGCAGCACUCGCUCACUCUGGGCUGGGCAAUGGUGUGGUGAAAUAAAUCGUCCUGUCUGCUCGUCGUUCCAUCCAGGCCAGCCUGUCUCUCUGCUGCGGCGGGACCCGGACGCGCCACGGGGCAGAGUGCCUUCAGCAGGGAGGCCGCUCGCGGACCGCGAGAGGGACUACGACGCGGCGAGGCGGAGGAUCUUCACACCUGAGGAGCCGCCGCCUGAUACGGUAUGCACGCAGAUGGAUCACAUGGCAUGGAUACGGGCAUGUAUGUCAUUUCGUGUACUUGCUCGGUAUCAGAGUUUCGAGGCACCGAUCAUCGCCCACGACCAGCCGUCAUCAGAGACAGAUGCGACAGGGGCAACGGCCGCCAAGCACGACCGGCCGUCAUCGACCACUGAUCUAGCCAGGUACGUCGUCACGCCUUAAGGGGGCAAUGAGUGCUUUCACUCAUUUGCCGACAUGGAUGUGGGUGCAGGCAUCUGCAGCUGAAGUUGCGUGAGGCCGUCGAUUCCGCCUGCCGCAACAUCAGCUGCUGGGUAGACGUGUCGGCCGCAGUGGAAAAGAUGAUGCCCCACAAAGAGAGCUACGGCAUCAAAUCCAACCUGAUAAAUGCGAUGGUAAGUUUCUGUGACACGACGUGUAUGUAUGUAUGUACGUCUGGGUGGGUGUGUGGAUGUCCAGACUGACACCCUGCCCGAGGUCCUGAUGCACAACCUCACAAGAUCCAUUCAUGUACAGACGCCACGACCGCACACGACGCGCGCGCACACACACACACACACACAGAGAGAGAGAGAGAGAGGGAGAGAGAGAGAAGAGAACCACAACCAUCCAUCUACCUAUGCCGUACAUUUUGUGCAGGUGGCCUCAACAACAGCGGCACACCUGGCCAUGCUGGACUUUCGGGCGAUGGGCGGCGCGGAUGCAGCCGCCGGUCCAUUCGAAACGAUGUCGUUGAAUCUGUCGACGGGCCUAGCGAGCACCGCCGUCCCCGAGGCAUGGAUCGCAGCUAUCGCAGGUCGGCACACGCAAACACACACACACACACACGGAGAGAGAGAGAGAGAGAAAGUGUACGAUCUCGCCAUGACCACGUCUGUACGUGUGCGUGUGCGCUUUCCUUUCCCUGUCGCAUCCGCUCAGCGUCACUGCGCGGGGCCGGCAACUUCUUCCAGGGUGAAGAGAAUCUAAUCGAGGCGGUUGUGCUGGACCAGCAGGGGGCCGUCAUGGAGCUGUGCGCCGACAUAGUCAGCCGGGUUGUGUCGUCGCCCGACCUCAUAAGCGCCUACCUGCUCCAGCAGCAGUCCCCACCGCCCAUCUCACCAACGCCAUGGGUGGACGAUGACGACAGGCUGGCCGCCCCCAGCCAGCUGCGGCUGCUGGACGCUCAGCCGGGCCGCAAGGACUGGCGGCAGCUCAUGUACUUCAGCAGGGAGAUCAGCAGCAGGGCCGCCACCCCCCACCCCACUGCUCAGUCCCGCCCGAUCGCCACGGCGUGCACCCCCAGCUUGAUGUCGAGCGUAUGGUCGACCUCCCUGCUCACACCCACUGAAGCCGGUCCGCCCGCACCCUGGCCAGUCUCCCCGCCCACAGUCUCUGGUGCUGGGUUGCCCUCGUUGGCUACGACGGACACGCUGGUGGUGCCGGCCGAGGAGGGGGAAGGCGGUAGUUCCACAGCCUCGGACUCCCCGCCUUCGUUGGGCCCUGCGGAGACGCUGGUGACGCCGGCUUGCAAUCGGCAGGGUGGGAGUCAUGGAGAGGGCUGGGGACAGGGCGAACAGUCCGUCAAGGACCGAGCGUGGACCGAGAACCAGUACAAGAGGUCCGACAGACAGAUAGACAGAAACACACGCAUGCAUGUAUAUGGCUGACUGUUUGUUCGCGAUGUUUGUUUCAUUUGAUCAGUUGGUUGGCUGCCCGCAAGCGGCAGUAUACUUUGUGCGUGCAGCCCUUCUGCUUGGCACACACACUGACUGAAACUCAAGGCACACCGAGGGGUACGUGUAUGUGCCUGCCACACAAAAGCACAUGUAUGUCUGUAUUUUGUCAAUCAGAGACGGCCACGGGGGGCAUGAGAAGUGACAACGAGAGAGAGAGAAUUCACAUCUUCGCAAGUGUGAGAGAGGUGAGCGCCAAAAUACUUUACGGGAUCCGUUCCGGCUGCAUGUCAUUCUUUCGCUUUGCGUGUGUGUGCAAUGCAGUUGGCUGCCAGUACCUGCCGAGCGUGUCGGCGGGUCACUUCCCUGCUAUUUCCCGGUCCCCUUGUUGGCCACCCCCCCCCGACCAGGUACGUAAGUAUGUAUCCAUGUAUGUAUGUGUUGCCUGCCUGGCCGAUCCACACCGUCCUGUCUGGUGUGAACCGUUUUGGUGCAGGCUUCCGAGGUAUCCAGCCCCAUUGCUCGUGACCGAGUCGCCCCCACCCAUGCGAGCCAGCACAGGAGCCACGCGCACUAGCAGCCGCACGUGGCCCUGCCGCCAAGGAACGCACUGGCUGCUCACCCCGUGGCCAACCGGCACAUGUGCAAGAAAUUAGGGGCUGGCUGCAGUGCUUGCGGGCCUGGCGGGAUGCAUGGUGAUGUGGCUGUGGAGGUAUGUGGCGGACAGCCCGGGACGCGAGCAGGCGACUAAGGGGGAGAGAUGCGGUGAUGGUGGUGGGGAGGAGAUGGAGAGACAGAGCCGUCGUGUUGCUCACUUGACACGAAUGGAAUGCCGACCGACCGAGACUCACAUGUAUGAUACAUUCCUGUGGAUACUUGCAUCCAUGUGAUGUGCCCUGGCCUGGAGUGUAGAAUGGGAGAGGGGUCGGGUGUUGUGUUGGGGCUGACAGACAGACACAUGUAUGGAUGGACGCGCAAGCGCAAAGACACUCAGAUGGGACGGGACACCGGAGACGCUUGUGUGUGCGAGAAUCUGACAGACGAUUGCUGCCUGUCGUGGGUCCAUGAAUGCAUGUAUGAGCCUCCCAUCAGUCAGCAUCGAGUGCUGCCUGCGUUACGCUCUCCUGUGGAUGUGAGCACCACCCGCAAUGAAUGCGAUCCUCCCCAUUUUGUCGCUCUUGACUUCGUACGUACGGCACAAGG